GUGUGUGUGUGGUGAUUUCAUCUACUGUGUGUGUGUGUGUUUGUCUAUAGUCUGUCAGUCGCGCUGUAUGCAGUGGCCAGCCAUCAGUUUAGCAUGAAACGAUGCCACACCACCCAAAUCUCCGGAAUAUCCUUUGUUAUCAACAUUUGAACACUAUCCAGAAGACGGACCCUUAUACAGACCGAAAGGAGGGAGCCAAGACUGAGGGGUAGAUGCAUCACCCGGAGCGAGCGCAGUAUGAAGAAGGCAGGCAGGGCCGUGGGGAAUAAGGCAGCAAGUGGAGGAGGUAAAAGUGACGCAGUGACAGCUGGAACCUCUGCUGGCAAAAGCGCUGUUAAGAGCCCUACCACAGCUCCGCUCUCCAAGGUCAAAAGCAAUGAUGAUCUUCUAGCUGCUAUGGCUGGGAGCAGUGCAGGGACAAACAGCAGUGUUGCCAAGGGCAAGAAAUCAACCUCUUCUAACUCCACAUCCUGCGGAACAAACACUAAUAACCCUGACACAAAGACCAAGACCACCUCCGGCCCAUCUGGCAAACGGACGUCAUCCACGGCCUCCAAGGAGUCGAACUCCUCACGAGAUCGUUUGCGAAACUCCAGGAACUCCAGCAGUAAGAAGCAGUCAUCCGCUGGUGCUUCUGAUCGAGCCCAGCCCAGGCAUUCCCGUGGACUGGCCCAAACCUCAGACUCAGAGAGCCGCAUGAGCAAAUCAAAGUCUGACGGACAGCUAAGUGAUAAAGUGGCCCUGGAGGCCAAAGUCAAAAAUCUGUUAGGUCUGGCCAAGAGCAAAGACGUGGAAAUCCUGCAGCUACGGGGUGAGCUGAGGGACAUGAGGGUUCAGCUGGGACUGCCUGAGGAAGAUGAGGAGGACGAGAGGCCACCAGAGAGGGAGGCGACUGCAGUGAUCACAGCUGCAGAUGUGGAGUCAACAUUGCUGCUCCUGCAGGAGCAGAACCAGGCCAUCCGUGGAGAGCUCAACCUGCUUAAGAAUGAAAACCGCAUGCUAAAGGACCGCCUCAAUGCUCUGGGCUUUUCCCUGGAGCAAAGACUGGACGGGGCUGAGAAAACCUUUGGCUUUCCCUCCACCAGUCCUGAACUUUCCUCCUCUGGAGGUGGUGGAGGUCAUGAAGACUGUGCUACUGCGGCCUCCUCUGUGGAGGGAUCAGCACCAGGCUCCAUGGAGGACCUCCUUACGGGAGGCCAACGAAGUGGCUCAACGGACAACCUGGACAGCGAGUCCAGUGAGGUCUACCAGGCAGUGACCUCCAGCGACGACGCUUUGGACGCUCCCUCAGGCUGCGGCUCCUCGUCAUCCUCUGAGUCCGAAGGUGGCACUCCGACAGGUCGCAAUUCCUCUCGUAAGGGGAGCAGUGGAAACACCAGCGAGGUGUCAGUGGCGUGCCUUACAGAGCGCAUCCACCAGAUGGAGGAGAACCAACACAGCACGGCUGAGGAGCUCCAAGCGACUCUACAGGAACUGGCCGACCUGCAACAGAUCACGCAGGAGCUCAAUGGUGAAAAUGAACGCCUGGGAGAGGAAAAGGUCCUGCUUAUGGACUCCCUCUGCCAACAGAGUGACAAACUGGAGCACUGUGGCCGUCAGAUCGAGUACUUCCGCUCACUUCUGGAUGAGCACGGUGUGGCCUACUCGGUGGACGAAGACAUCAAGAGUGGCCGAUACCUGGAGCUGGAGCAACGCUACGUGGAGCUUGCGGAAAAUGCUCGCUUUGAGCGUGAGCAGCUGUUGGGUGUGCAGCAACAUCUGAGCAAUACUCUAAAGAUGGCUGAGCAGGAUAACGCCGAGGCUCAGAAUGUGAUCGCAGCACUGAAAGAGCGCAACCAUCACAUGGAGCGACUUCUAGACGUGGAAAGGCAAGAGCGGGCCGGCAUGGCGGCAGUUCUGGAGGACUGUAAAGCUGCGGUCAAUAAUGACCAGGCCGAGCUGAGCCGCUGUCGGGUGUCACUUGAGCAGGAGAGGCAAAAGGUUGCUGAGCUUUACUCCAUCCACAAUGCCGGGGAUAAGAGCGACAUCCACCAGCUCCUGGAAGGGGUUAGGCUAGACAAGGAAGAAGCUGAAGCCAAAGCCGCUAAACUCCAGGAUGAUUUGGGCCAUGCUCGCAAUGAGGUGGCAUGUCUGCAGGACACCCUCAACAAGCUGGAUGCCGAGUACAGGGACUUCCAGAACGAGGUGCAGAAAGAAUUAGCUGAGCAGAAGAGGGCUCUAGAAAAGCAACGUGAGGACCUGCAGGAGAAAGAGACGGAGAUCGGAGACAUGAAGGAGACCAUCUUUGAGCUGGAGGAUGAAGUGGAGCAGCACCGAGCCGUCAAACUUCACGACAACCUCAUCAUCAGCGACCUAGAGAAUUCGAUGAAAAAGCUUCAGGAUCAGAAGCAUGACAUGGAGAGAGAGAUAAAGAUACUGCACCGCAAACUCAGGGAAGAGUCGGCAGAGUGGCGUCAGUUCCAGGCAGAUCUGCAGACUGCUGUAGUCAUCGCUAAUGACAUCAAGUCAGAGGCUCAAGAAGAGAUCGGUGACCUACGCCGCCGCCUGCAAGAAGCGCAGGAAAAGAACGAGAAGCUGAGCAAAGAACUAGAUGAAGUUAAAAACCGCAAGCAAGAUGAGGAGCGUGGACGUGUAUAUAACUACAUGAACGCUGUUGAGAGGGACCUGGCUGCGCUGAGGCAGGGCAUGGGACUGAGUCGACGCCCCUCUACAUCCUCCGAGCCGUCACCCACCGUUAAAACCCUUAUCAAAAGCUUUGACAGUGCCUCACAGGGUCCGGGAGCUAAUGCUACUGCAGUCGUCGCUGCUGCAGUCGCAGCUGCUGCAAGCACAACCACCAACACCCCUUUACCUCGCACACCUCUCAGUCCCAGCCCCAUGAAGACCCCGCCUGCUGCUGCUGUCUCCCCCAUACAGAGACACUCCAUCACUGGCUCUAUGGCUGCUGCGAAGCCCCUGUCCUCCCUCACAGACAAAAGACCCAGUUACACAGACAUCAGUAUGCCAGCUGAGCAUCUACUAAGAGCAGCCAACGGCAGUCGUCCCGCUUCAGCUCUUCAGAGAGUCUCAAGCAUGGACACAUCAAAGACUAUCACAGUGUCUCGAAGAAGCAGUGAAGAGGCGAAGAGAGAUAUAAGUGCUCCUGAUGGAGGCCCAGCUUCCUCUCUGAUGGCCAUGGGUUCUGCUGCACCUCCUCUCUCCCUGUCCUCUUCCUCUUCUCCCACAGCCUCUGUCAACCCCACAGCCCGCAGCCGCCUUCGAGAGGAGCGAAAAGACCCGCUGUCAGCUUUGGCUCGUGAAUAUGGAGGUUCUAAAAGAAAUGCACUGCUGAGGUGGUGUCAGAAGAAAACCGAGGGUUAUCAGAAUAUCGACAUUACCAACUUUAGCAGCAGCUGGAAUGAUGGACUGGCCUUCUGCGCUGUCCUUCACACGUACCUACCUGCUCAUAUUCCCUAUCAAGAGCUCAACAGUCAGGACAAGAGACGAAAUUUCACCCUGGCCUUCCAAGCAGCAGAAAGUGUGGGAAUCAAGUCCACUCUGGACAUCAAUGACAUGGUCCAUACAGAACGACCAGAUUGGCAGAGUGUUAUGACUUACGUCACCUCUAUCUACAAGUAUUUUGAGACCUGAGCACAUGUACUUUUAUAGAUGGUCCAAAUUUCCACCAACUAACCCGAGUGCAACUUCCCACCAUUUCAUCUAAGCCUAAUCCUAGCACAAAA